GGCGGUGGAAGAAGCGGGUGAGGGAGCGCGGCCGCGGCGGACGUUGUGGGAAAAAGGAGGAAACAACCAAUCUGUCAGAGAAUGUGAAUGAAGAGAGGUGAUCAGCUUUCUGUAGUUUCUGCAUAGAAAUAAAUUUUAGAAGUACUAUGGAACGUCUGCAGCCCUCUGGGUUUGGAAGGCGUAAAUCCAAGUUUGGAAAGGCUUUUUCCAUUCCAAAUGAUUUGCUGGCUUAAGCGCUUAAUUAGGAUGGCUUUUGAACAAGUUGGAUUAAACAUGGAAUCAGUGCUUUGGUCAAGCAAGCCUUAUGGUUCAUCUCGAAGUAUUGUACGGAAAAUUGGUACUAACCUCUCUCUUAUACAGUGUCCAAGAGUUCAGUUUCAGCUUACUUCUCAUGACACAGAAGGAAACCAUCCUAAUCAAUUUAAAGAAGAUGCAGUGGCCUCCUUUGCGGAUGUGGGAUGGGUUGCUCGAGAAGAAGGUGAAGUCUCUACAAGGCUCAGGUCAGAAGUUUGGUCAAAAUCAGCCCAGCCUCUUUCAGGUGAACUACAUCAUUCUGGAAAGUCCCCAUGCAGACAGAUGUCCUUACAAAACCCAUUGGAAGAAGAACCAGUGUCCAGGAGCGUAGUGACUGCAAAUGAAGAAGCUCUGCAGAAGAUCAGUGCUCUAGAAAAUGAACUAGCCACUUUAAGAGCACAAAUAGCCAAAAUCGUCAUCUUGCAAGAACAACAGAACCUGACAGCAGUUGGGUCAAGUCCAGUUGCUUCGGCUGCUGUCCCUGUUGCACCUCCGCCACCGCCACCUCCUCCUCCACCACCGCUCCCUCCCCCAGGCCUACAACAGGGUGUGUCUGCAAUUGAGCUCAUUAAGGAAAGGAAAAACAAAAAAAUGAACUCUGGACAGAAUCUGACAGAAAAUGGGCCAAAGAAGUUUGAAAUACCAAACAUGCUAGAAAUCCUCAAAGACAUGAACAGUGUGAAACUACGCUCAGUGAAAAGAUCAUCAGAAGGUACAAAAUCUAAAGUGCCUGACCCUACGGAUCCUGCAGCAUUAAUAGCAGAAGCACUCAAAAAGAAAUUUGCAUAUCGAUACCAAAAUGACAGCCAAAGUGAAACAGAAAAAGUUAUUCCAAAGACUGAAAAAAAGACAAAGACUGAGGCAGUGCUGAGCGAGCUACCGUUAGUCAGAGCUGCUCCAGCAGAGGGUCAGCUGCUCAUCUCAGCCGAUUGCUGACACAAGUUUGGACCACACAUGCUGAAGUCUACAGGAAAAAUGAAGACUUUAAUUGAAAAAUCGUAAUCUAUUAAGAUCACUGCGCGCAGACUUAAGCUGUUUUAUCUGAAAUCUUUUAUGUUGGAAAUAGCACUAGUACUGAGCGGUCUCUUACAACACAGAAAAAAACCUAAUGUGAACUGUAGAACUGAGGCACUAAACAUGUUUGUGUGUCAUUUACCAAGGGGAAUAAAUUUGACCAUUAUUCUCAGGUAUUAAUUUUGUAUUCAAACCUGGCUUUCUACUCAGACUUCUGUGGUGGUUUUAGUUUAUUAACACUAAGUUAUAUAUACAACAUUCUUUGUGCAUAACUGACCACCUUAAAAAUUUGCGUACAUGUUAGUAAUGAUAGCGAUACACCCUUAAGUUAAUAUCAGUUAUUUGAGCUCUAACUAAAACUUGCACUACAAUGUCUAGUUUGAUACUGAAUUUUUCACAUCAAAGUCUUUCUUUUAAACUUAAUUUUAGCAAAUUUUUAGCCCAAGGAAAACCUGAAUGCAUUCUGCUUCCUACUGAAAGAACAUGAAAACUUAAAUCUGCUGCAGAGGUCAGCUGGUAUGAGACAUUUUCAGUAGUAGCACAUUUUUGUGCAGGGUGGGUUUGUUUGUUUUAAAUGAGCUUGCAAGGGUAAGAGAGCAAAACCUACUUAUAUCAUCCUGUGGCCAACAUAAAGAGUGCACGACAAGUGAGUAAAUCAUGCUGCGUCCGCCUCUGAAUAGGUAGUCCAGUAAAUUUGAAAAUACCAGUAGAUAGCAGCAGAAUAAAAUAAAAAAUGUCAGAGUAUGUGUUAUCUAGCGUAGAAGUGGUGUAGAUAGGAAAAAAGGUACAGAGUACUGUGGGGUGCAAGUUGCCAAAAGUAUAUUGCUCAUCUCAGCUGUGCUAAGGGAUGUUUGUGGACACCUUUUUUAUCCCCAGCUGCCUCGGGUCCCUGCAUAGGUUUCUAGCAGCUGGGGACUACACCAGCCCUCGUGGCCCUGUUUGCAGGGAAGAGAUGGUGUAAGCUGUUGCACAUACCCUGUCUUCCAGGGGAAGCCCUUCUGCGGUCAGCCCCUAGCAGCUGUUUGCUGCCAGACCUGUACAGAGCUAGUUCAUUAACCAGCCACCUGAGCUCAUGUCUCCAGCUGCAGGUGGAGAAAGGGCUCAAGCUAAAAAUAAAAUUCAGGUUGAAAAAAAAGCUCUUCAGGAACCAGAGAACUACAACUUAGCUGCAUGCUUAAACGAACCCAAGGUUUGCUCUGACUGUAGAUGAGCGGAGAAAAAGCUGAGCUGGGUAUUUCAGUGUUCUAAGUUGAUCUGGCUGCUGGAACAAGUGCCUCUUAGAGCUUCUGUUUUCUAGGAAAAGGAAAAAGCAGCACUUCUUAAAGACAGGUGAACAGCUCUGACCAGGGUUACUGAAGACAACUGAAGCUUUGCUGCUUAUAACUGGAAUGUAGACUGUAUGAUGGAGGAGGAUGUUUUCUGGUAUGAAACUUGAAAUGGUGUUAAUAUGUACACAAUGUAACUUCCUUCCAACACACACUGCCAUCAGUCACGCUGAUAGGCCGUUAAAUCUGUGUGUUCUUUUAAAUGCCUUUGAAACACCUUUUUGAAAGUUAAUUUUGGUUUCAAGUUUUGUAUUUAAUGUUCUAUUGCCACUAUAUAAAAUUAAAAGCAGUUAAAAUAAA